CAUCAUUCAUUCCCAAAUAAAGGUUCAUUUGACCCCCCCUCUGCAAAUCUCUCAACCCUAAACUCAGUCUCUCUCUCUCACCAUGGCGUCUCUCCCUCUCUCCCUCUCUCUCCACCAUUCCCCCAAACCCUUCAUUUCCAAUUUCAACCCUCGCUUAUCAACGGCCAAGAUCUUCCUUUCCCCCAAAUUGACCCCAACUCACAGACCCAAAUCCAUUCGCACCGUCAAAAUGUCCUACAAAAACAACUCACCUUCAUCCUUCACAACCCCCGCCCCGGAACGCCUCAUCUCCGCCGUCGCCUAUACUCUCCCUUUCUUCAACUCCCUCCAAUAUGGCCGUUACCUCUUUAUGCAGUACCCCCAAUUGGGCCUCCUCUUCGAUCCCUUUCUGCCCCUACUGGGCCUCUACCGGGCCGUCCCGUAUGCCAGCUUCGUCGCCUUCUUUGCGCUCUAUUUGGGCGUUGUUAGAAACCCUAGUUUCAGCCGCUAUGUCAGGUUCAACGCGAUGCAGGCCGUUACUUUAGACGUCCUUCUGGUGGUGCCGUUGCUCUUGACCCGGAUUUUCAACCCGGGUCGCGCCGGCAUAGGGUUCAAGUUGAUGGUUUGGGGCCACAAUGCGGUGUUUGUUUUCAGUUGCUUUUGUUUUGUGUAUGGGUUGAUUUGUUCUAUGUUGGGUAAAACUCCGUAUUUGCCCUUCGUUGCGGGUGCAGCUGGAAGGCAACUUUAGGUUGUACGUUUUGGGAUAUUUUUGAACUUUUCGGGGGAAUGCACAAAUGGUAGAAGCGGGGCUAAAGGGUUUCUGCUGUUUAAGAAGUAAUGUUUUGAGGAGGUAAUUUUGAUGUUAGUAGUGGUGCUUGUUGCUAGAGGAGGUUGUACCUUUUGGAGUAGUUUUUGAAAUUUUUGAAUUGAGAGGUACAAGUGGGCGAAGCUGGUCAAUUUAGGGUAUGUGUGAUUUGUUAAAUGCUUUGAUCUGCCCUUUUUUUUCUCUUAAGGUAUUCGUAAUUACAGCGUUGAGUUAUUCAA